AUGGAGGACCAGAAGACCCCAUCUGUUGAUGGAUCAACACCAACAGCCAGCAAUACAGAGAUUCACCAAGUCGACGACGAAAAGCGAUCAUUCCAAGAGAAGACUGAUCUCGAGGCUGGACCCCGAACACAUGAGACCACGAUUGAGGAGGAUGAAAGCUCCCGGGAUCCGAAUAUUGUUGACUGGGAUGGUCCAAACGACCCCGAGAACCCUCUCAAUUGGACGAAAAGGCAAAAGAUAAGCGCAACGGUUUCCAUCGCGCUGAUCACCUUUUUAACGCCUCUCGGAUCAUCAAUGUUCGCCCCGGGUGUUGGGCAACUAGUCAAGGAUUUCGAGAUCACCAGUACGGAACUAAGUUCUUUCGUCGUUUCCGUCUAUCUCCUCGGGUACUGCUUCGGUCCCCUUCUCAUCGCUCCUAUCUCGGAGAUGUAUGGGAGACGUUGGGUCUACAACUUUUGCAACAUUUUCUACGUAGUAUGGACAAUUACCUGCGCUGUCGCUCCCGACAUCGGCAGUCUGAUUGUGUUUCGCUUCUUUGCCGGCUGCGUUGGUAGCUGCCCUUUGACUAUUGGCGCCGGAUCAAUUGCGGAUAUGUUCGUUCAAGAAAGCAGAGGUAGCGCAAUGGCGGCCUGGGCUAUCGGACCCCUGAUUGGACCUGUUGUUGGUCCCGUUGCCGGCGGGUACCUUGCCCAAGCGAAGGGUUGGAGAUGGACCUUUUGGGUUCUGGCCAUGGCUAGCGGCGCGAUCGCUAUCAGCUCACUCCUAACUAUCAAAGAAUCAUACGCACCGACCCUCCUGAGCCGUAAAACGAAGAGACUGCAGAAAGAAACCGGUAACAUGAACUUGCGUUCUGCUCUUGACACCGGUCGCUCUCCUCGGGAUCUGUUCAUUUUUUCGAUUGUUCGACCUACCAAGAUGCUUUUCCUUUCACCAAUCGUCUUUUUACUCUCCCUCUACGUCGGUGUGGUGUAUGGAUAUCUUUAUCUCCUUUUCACUACCAUCAGCGCCGUCUUCGAGGAUCAAUACCAUUUCUCGCAGGGAUCGGUUGGUCUAUCAUACCUGGGCAUCGGUAUCGGAUCUAUCGUUGGACUUAUUAUCCUCGGCACAACGUCCGAUCGUCUACUCAAAUACCUCACCGCAAAGAACGGCGUCAGCAAGCCUGAAUAUCGACUUCCCCCGAUGAUUCCCGGCUCGCUAUUCGUUCCCGCUUCUCUCUUUAUGUACGGAUGGACCGCAUACUACAAAACUCACUGGAUUGUGCCCAUUAUUGGAACCUCUUUUCUGGGUGUUGGAAUGCUGAUUUCUUUCAUGACUGUCAGCACUUAUUUAGUCGAUGCCUUUACAAUAUAUGCUGCUAGUGCUAUGGCUGCAAACACAGUUUUUCGUUCCCUGGCCGGUUGCUUACUGCCACUUGCCGGGCCAAAGAUGUAUGAGAAGCUCGGCCUGGGUUGGGGAAACUCGUUGCUUGGUUUUAUUGCGCUGGCGUUGUGUCCGUUGCCUGUUAUUUUCUACGUCUUCGGCGAGCGCAUUAGAACGAGCAAAAGGUUCCAGAUCAACUUAUGA